UCUUCUUUGACUCGCCCUCCUUCUCUGUGUGUUAAGCAUUUCCCAGCUGUAUCAAACGUGCAAUUAGCCCAUAAUUACGCUCUAUAAUAGGAACAAGACGUGCUGCUGGAUCCAAUCGCCGCGUCUGACUCAUCUCCAGAUCAACGCCACCGCCGCCGCGUGCUCAAACCCAUUCUCCUCCAUCUUAUCUGUCUUCUUCUUCUUCUUCUUCUUCUUCUUGCUCCGCCUCCCUAUUAAUACCCUUUUGCUCCAAAGAACCAGAGACCAGCAGAGCUCGCGCGCGCCCCCUCGAUCUCCGGACAAAAAAUCCCCCCUUUUCGCGCCCCCACCCUUGCCCUUUUUGGCCGCGAUCUCGCGCGUUUCUGUCGGCCCCUCUCAUUUUCGCCCGGACUCCUUCCCUUCCUUCCUCCUUCCCGGUCGCGGUUGUUGGGGUGCCGCCGCCAUGAACGCGCUCGCCGCGACCAGCCGCAACUUCCGGCAGGCCGCUAGGCUGCUUGGCCUCGACUCCAAGCUCGAGAAGAGCCUGCUCAUCCCCUUCCGCGAGAUCAAGGUGGAAUGCACCAUCCCCAAGGACGACGGCACGCUCGCCUCCUUCGUCGGAUUCCGCGUGCAGCAUGACAACGCCCGCGGGCCCAUGAAAGGUGGCAUCCGCUACCACCCGGAGGUUGAUCCAGAUGAAGUUAAUGCGCUUGCCCAGCUGAUGACAUGGAAGACUGCCGUUGCGGCGGUACCAUAUGGUGGAGCAAAGGGAGGAAUCGGGUGCUCUCCUGAUGAACUGAGUAGGAGCGAGUUGGAGCGUUUGACGCGUGUAUUUACCCAGAAAAUUCAUGAUCUUAUUGGAACUCAUACCGAUAUUCCGGCUCCAGACAUGGGAACUAACGCACAGACUAUGGCAUGGAUCUUUGAUGAAUACUCGAAAUUCCAUGGUCACUCCCCAGCUGUUGUCACUGGGAAGCCCAUAGAUCUUGGUGGGUCAUUAGGUAGGGAUGCUGCUACUGGACGGGGUGUAAUGUAUGCUACUGAGGCUCUCCUGGCUGAAUACGGGAAGUCCAUUUCAGGAUCAACCUUUGUUAUUCAGGGAUUCGGUAAUGUUGGUUCAUGGGCUGCGCAACUCAUCCAUGAGAAAGGCGGUAAGGUAAUUGCACUUGGAGAUGUAACAGGCUCAAUCAGGAACAUGGCAGGGGUAGACAUACCUGCUCUGAUGAAGCACAGAAAUGAGGGUGGUCACAUGAAAGACUUUCAUGGUGCGGAAGUCAUAGAUUCCGCAGAGUUGCUAGUGCAUGAAUGUGAUGUUCUCAUCCCAUGCGCUUUAGGUGGAGUCCUUAGCAGGGAAAAUGCACCUGAUGUAAAGGCCAAAUUUAUAAUUGAAGCUGCUAAUCAUCCGACUGAUCCAGAAGCUGAUGAGAUUCUUACCAAAAAGGGAGUGAUUGUCUUACCAGAUAUCUAUGCUAAUUCCGGUGGUGUGAUUGUUAGCUAUUUUGAGUGGGUUCAGAACAUUCAAGGGUUCAUGUGGGAUGAAGAGAAGGUGAACAUGGAGCUCCACAAGUACAUGAACAGCGCUUUUCAGCACCUCAAGGCAAUGUGCAAAACACACGAUUGCAACCUUAGGAUGGGAGCAUUCACCUUGGGUGUCAACCGGGUUGCGCGUGCCACACUCUUGAGGGGCUGGGAGGCAUGAGGAAAUCCAGAUUUCUCGUCAAAUAAUUCUUGUCUGACACCAUGGUGGAUCGUAGUUCUUAUAAACACCAUUGUUGAUCUGAUAAAUUCAUCACAAGUUGAUGGUAUGGGAGUUCAAUUGAAAUAAUUUUCGGGGUACAUGACAGAGAUGAUGGGUUGGGUUUGUUCUUUCUUGUAGUUAAGUCUCUGCCUUGGGUUGCUAACUGUGGUAUACUGGUGAUCCAGUUCCGGGUGAUUGUAAACCUUAAAGAGUUGCUGAACGUGUCACAAAAGCUUCUGCAUAUUAAUAAAAAAUGUUAUAUCGGCCAA